CCUAUUCCACAUCUCUGUCAAGGCAGGUGGAAUUUGAGGCAAACACAAAGGAUGUGAUUCCCCUCUUCUCUAUCACAUACAUUAUUGCCAUUGCAUUCUCAAUUCUCUCUUGUUUGAGGUUUGACUGUGUCAGAAAUAAAGUAUGGGUUGCCACAUUUGGAGUGUUCUCCGCUGGACUGGCUGUUCUGUCCUCUUUUGGGAUGAUGUUACACAUUGGCGUCCCAUUUGUCAUGACUGUUGCUAAUUCUCCAUUCCUGAUAUUAGGGAUCGGAGUGGACGACAUGUUUAUCCUCAUCUCCUGCUGGCAGCAGACGAAUGUUCACGAUCAAGUAGAGACUCGCCUUGCCAAAACGUACAAAGAGGCGGCCAUUUCGAUCACCAUCACCACCCUCACGGACGUGCUCGCUUUCUACAUCGGCCUCAUGACGCCUUUCCGCUCUGUCCGCUCCUUCUGCUUGUACACCAGCACUUCCAUCCUCUUCUGCUACAUCUACAGCAUCACAUUUUUCGGAGCUUUCCUCGUUCUUAACGGACGGCGAGAGAACAGCAACAAGCACUGGCUGACCUGCAAGGAAGUACCAGAGGAGUGCCCUGUGGGUCAGUCAAAGUGGUAUGAAUUAUGUUGCGUGGGAGGCGCUUACGACCCUCAAACUGGCAAGGAGGAGGUUCAGCCCAUGAAUCACUUCUUUAAAAAAUACUACGGCCCUUUUCUGACAAAAUCGUGGAUGAAGGUCUUUGUGAUUGUGUUUUAUUGCAUCUAUUUGAUUAUCAGCAUUUAUGGCUGCUUCCAAAUUCAAGAAGGAAUCGAUCUUCGUAAUUUGGCAGCUGAUGAUUCUUAUGUGGUAAAAUACUAUGACAACGAGAAGGCAUAUUUCUCUGAAUAUGGGCCAAAUAUCAUGGUUGUCAUCCGACGGGAAUUUCCAUAUUGGGAUGAAAAGUACAUGUCAGAUCUUGAAACUUGCAUUGAAGAUUUCAAAAAUUUGUCUUUCAUUGAAAAGGAUAUAUUCACCUCCUGGAUCAAAUCAUACAAGUACUACGGAAAUCACACGAAACUCAAUCUGAGUACUGAAGAUGUCUUUAAAGAUAAUUUGGGAACAUUUCUGCGUUUUUAUACCGAUUUCAAACAGGACGUCAAUUUCACUAACAACUCCAUCCACGCGUCUCGCUUAUUCAUCCAAACCGUAAACAUCUCUACCGCCCUGGAUGAGAUGAAUAUGUUGAAUAAAUUAAGAGAGACAGCACAAAAGUGCCCUGUUCCUUUACUAGUUUACCACCCUGCCUUCAUCUACCAUGACCAGUAUGCGGUGAUAGUCAUCAACACCAUCCAGAACAUUGCUGUUACGACAGCCGUAAUGUUGCUCAUCUCCCUUCUCCUCAUCCCAAACCCUCUAUGCUCUCUCUGGGUGACUUUUUCUAUCGCAUCUGUCAUUGUAGGGGUCACUGGGUUCAUGGCAUUAUGGGAUGUUAACUUAGACACUAUCUCGAUGAUCAUUCUUGUUGUCUGCAUUGGUUUUUCUGUAGACUUCUCUGCUCAUAUAUCUUAUGCCUUUGUCUCCAAUAAGAAGCCCAGUGCGAAUGAAAAGGCAGUGGAGGCCUUGUUUAAUUUAGGUUACCCUAUUUUGCAGGGGGCUGUGUCUACUAUUCUUGGGGUGGUAGUAUUGUCUGCUUCGAAGAACUACAUCUUUAGAACUUUCUUUAAAAUCAUGUUCUUGGUAAUCUUAUUUGGUCUCUUCCAUGGCUUAACUUUUAUCCCAGUUUUUCUGACCUUUUUUGACAUAUGUAGUGGCACACCAGCUAAGAAGAAAUCAGGCCCAGAAGAGCAGGCCAUGAAGAACAGCCACGGCAAUAAUGUUCAAGCGGUGGCAAAGGAUGGUGAGGUGAAAGAACGGGAAAUUUACGUCAGUCACAAUUUUCAACCCGACAACCACCGAACGUGUCAGUCUCAGCCGUGCUCUGCAUUAUGGAUGAUAACCGGCGGCAAUAAUCAUCAUGUCCAAGAUAAUCGUAUGUGUGUGGCAAGCACCAUCCCAAUGUUCAGAGUGGACAGUCAGACCUAUGAGGUUCACAUGUAUACACCCUCUGAUGAUGCCAUGUUAAGAGUCAACUGUCAAUCAAAACACAGCUCUGAAGGUCAAAACUGUGUUUUAGGAAACAGCAACCACAUUCAAGAUUCAAAUGUUCCCACUCUUAAUGGUUCUGAUUUGGCCAUUCUGUAAAAUCCUUAUACUUCAUUUUCUUCCAAAUACAUCCCGUUUGUAUGUGUAACACCUUUUAUAUGUUUAAAUUAAAAUUACUAAUGUAAUUUUACUAUUGUACUAAUGUAAUGUAAAUCAACAAGACGACAGCAUGGCACCUUUUUACAAAAAUACAUCUGGGCCAAUGGUUUUAGGACUUUUUAAGGGUUUCAGGAGUUAGUAAUGCUGGCAUUAAUCUGUAAAAGAAAAAAAACAAAUGUUAAAAAGCAACAAAAAAAAAAGCGUUUAAAAAUAUGUUUACAAAAUGCAUCACAGAUGUAAGCAAUGUACACCUAAAUGAAAUUACCAUCUUCAUUUAUGAAACACAAGCAUAACAAAUGUGUAAAUCAUUCAUAAAACCAUUUUUAAUUGUCAGAUUCAGUUGAAAGCAACAAUUUAUGUAAAAAUGGAUUUAUGAACAAUUUACACAGAACUUCAUUGUUUCAUGAAUGAGCCCCAAUCUCUCAGAAAAUAUUUAAAUGUCUUAUUUUUGCAGGGUAUGUGAAUAUUAAUAUUUCUAUUUAGUUAUAAAAGUACAAUUAUGUAGUUUUUCUUUUUUUUUGUGAAAUAAACUAACUGAAUGCACAUGUGUAACCAUACUUUGCUCUGUAUUUAUGAGAGGUUUGCAUUGUUUUCUUAUGGAUUGUUUGUGUAAAAGCUUA